AUGAUCAACUCCAGAAAUGUGUCUAAAGACUAUAACUCUUUUAAUGUUGAAGAAUUUAUCACUAAUUAUGGUCAAGGUCUAUUUUGUUUCCCACCAGUUGUGUCAAACCCUAACAUGAGAUUGUCUUUUGCUAACCAUAAAUUAACUUUCAAUAAUUCAAAGAUAUUUGGUUGUACUUGGGGCCUAAAAAAUAAGUCUGAAGAUAUGACAAAGGUUUCUCCAUCCUCGCUUGAAAAUAGUACCGUGAUCUCAUCUAGUAACAGAGCUAUCCACAAGAAAAAUAUUCUAGAUAUUGAAAGAAUUAGAAAUG